GCGCAAGCGCUUAUGGUAUGUGUGCGUGUGUGCGAGUGUUUUCACUCGCUCCAGGGUCCGGCCGCAUCAGUGUUCCGGUGGCCGUAGUCCAUCAACCAACGUAACUGCAGCUGCUCAUCACUAAGUUAACCGUGUAUGCUUACCAACUAUUGCAAAGCAUACGCUUGUCCAUCACAGUGCGACUCUGUCGCAGACACCACCUCUACGUGGCCUUCGCCGGUUACAUGUCGGGUACGAACUGACACGUACUCCGCGAUAUCUGCUCUCGUGCACCGGCCGUGUGAUUCAUAACCAUGGACCACCAUCACCACCACUAUCAAUUGCACCAUCACCACAACGCGGCUCACCAUUAUCAUCACGCGCCGCCGUACGCCAGGGACUAUUUCCUGUACGAGUACUCGUCCGGUUCCGAGUCCGACGGGACCAGCUCGCUGAAUAGCGACUGCGAUUCUGGCAAUUGCGAUGGUUCGGGUCGUAAGAAAAGUUCGCGAUGUCACAGGCAAAAGACUCAGCAGCGGCAAGCAGCAAACCUGCGUGAGAGACGUCGCAUGCAGAGCAUUAACGAAGCAUUCGAAGGACUUCGGGCGCACAUACCUACUUUACCGUACGAGAAACGUUUAUCCAAAGUAGAUACACUGAAGCUGGCCAUUGGGUACAUAAACUUCCUGUCAGAGUUGACUAGAGGCACGGGACCGACCGGGAAUGGUGUCACAUCGUUGAAUGUGGCCAAACUUACAACGAUUGCCGGUCGACUUCACAGGCCACCGGCUCAAGUCAAAGAACAACCUGUGAAAAAAUUCAUCGUCAGAGGUGCUUUCGGAACUCCGUAUUCACUUCAUUCGUUGUCAUGGUCAAGAACAAAAGAAAACUGUCCUAAUAGCGCAGGAGUAAUGCGAGCAAAAUUAUGGAGACCUGAAGUAGGAUCUCCGCGUAAUUCUGGGUCAACUUCCACCUCGACCUGUUCAACAUCUUCAAACAAACCAUAAUAACCGUAUAGUGUUACAUUAAAUAUAUUUUCUAUUAUAUCAAACUAUUAUAACGUCUAUAAUUGAACGUAAUUUUUAUUAUUCAUUUAUAUCGAUACUAUAUUGUGUUUUUACUGUUUUAUUUUUGAUUGUUAAUAUUAUAACUUUUUGUGUAUUUAAAAUUAAUAAUGUUUUAACCAUCUGUAUUAAACAGAAAAAAAUUCCCUAACCCUCAAUUAUUCGCUAACUAAAAGCCAACUAAUGCAGUAAAAUAAUUGAGUUUCAACUGUAAAAUCACUUUUUAUGAAAUCGCUGGUUCGUAUUUAGUGAAAUAUUUGGUAUUGACUUUAAUGAUUGAGGUGAAAAAACUCAAUAACCAUAUUGUUUUGUUGUGUUUGAUCAUUAAUAUCUAUAAUUUUUAAUAUUUCAUAAAAAAAUGUAAUUUAAAUAAAUAUUUAUUUAAUCUAGA